GCAAUGGCCCAGCACCACCACGCCGCGCGCCGCCUGCUGACGGGGCUGACGCAACCGUCGAGGAACACCUGCUGCGGCCGCCCUCGCGACGCGUCCACGUGGACCCGCCGCGCUCUCUCGACCUCUGCCUUCUCGUCACCGCUGCUGCUGCUGCGCACCACCACCGCCGCCGGGACCCGAUGCCGUGCGCGGUGCUUGGGCUGCGACGCCAUCCACCACCAGCUGACGGCCGCGUCGACGAGCACCAGGUAAGUGCGCCUGGAGCUCACUCCGUUCCGUCGCGCCAUGAUGGGCCUUUGGGUCUCGUGCGAGGGCUCAUUUUUCCGCCCGGCGGGCAGGUUGUUUUGCUCGACUGCGAGGGCGUGCGGCGAGCCACAGCCCAAGAAACCACUCCUAGAGAAGACCAAGGAAUUACGCGGCAGGCUCAAGUCGUUGACGCCGCACGAACAGGUCUGGAACGUACCAAACGUGCUCACCUUUUCCCGCCUCGUCGCAGCGCCGGCAGUGGGCUACCUCAUCCUGCAGGAUCAGCACGCAGCCGCGUUUGGCCUCUUUGCUUACGCGGGGAUCACCGACCUGGUAGACGGCUGGAUAGCGCGCAGAUGGAAGCUGCAGACUGUCGUGGGCAGCGUCGUCGACCCCAUGGCGGACAAGCUGCUGAUGGCCAUUACGGUUGGCUGCUUGGCCGCCAAGGGCGCUUUGCCCGGGCCCCUCGCCAUCCUCAUCUUCGGCCGCGACGCCUCGCUCGCCGUUGCCGCCAUUUACUAUCGCUAUGCCUCGCUGCCCUUGCCCAAGACGCUUGCCCGCUACUGGGACUUUUCGCUCCCGUCGGCUGAGGUCCAUCCUACGACCAUCUCCAAGUGGAAUACCUUCCUGCAGCUUGCUCUGAUCGGCCUAACGCUGUCGUUCCCGCUACUCGCCAUUGCCGCGGGUCCCGCUGAUGUGGAGCAGCAACCCGCCAUCACCACCACCACCACCUCCACCACCACUUCACGUCCAGCUCCUCCUGCCCCCGCGUCCAGCCACGACGACCCCGCAGCUGAGAAGCCGACCUACGCCUCCUUCCUGCAUAGCCCGACCACGGAUCCCCGCCUCAAGACCACGGUCAGCGGGCUGCAGCUGCUCGUCGGCGCUACGACGCUGUGGAGCGGCUUCAGCUACGCCGUGCUCAAGAACGCGGUCACGAUUCUGGGGACGGAUGAGCGGCUCAAGGCUCGCCAAGGCGCACGGGGCCGUGCUGUCGUUGGCGUGAGCUUCGCGCUUGUGUGCGCCGCGGCGGUGGGGUGGGGGCUGCGUGAGUGGGAGGGCGGGCAGAGGCGAGUGGCUGAGGAGGAGUGGCGGGGAAGGAAUGGGGGCGGGAAGGGUGAGGGAAGCGGUUGAUUGAGCUUGGUCAACAAGACAGGGAAAGAGAAACGAGAUGAAAAGCCUUAAAUAAGGCAAGGCGACGAUUAGAGAUGAGAAGAAGAAAAAUAAGGCGGGAUGAGAGCCUGCCUGGAUAGGUUCUGUGCACCUGUUUUUCGGCAUUCUGGCGUACACGCCUACAUACAUACAAGUACUUGCCCAGCAUAAACAACAAAAAUCACAGGUUCCUGAAACUGGACUGCAGAAACCGACAGUCCGCUUCAUCGUACAGUUUGCCAAGUAUACAGAAUCAAACAAGCGACACAGCACACACAUCAAAUUCGUAGCUUCAAU